GUCGUCUGGUAUAGCAGCCGUAAGGAAUUUUUGAACUGCUGAGCCGCGAUACACUCGCAGUGUUGCUGCGUCUGCAACACGUGGAACAUACUAAAACGCACUAUACUCGCGUGUUCGCGAGUUUCAUUUGUCGGUAAUUAGUUGAUAGGCGCUCAAUAAAAAAUCACUAUGUAUUUACACAAUUAUAAAGACAUCGUUGGUAAUUGCGCCUUCGUCACUACCAUGGCACACAUGCUGACUGGGACGUUGAUCUGCAAGGACAUUUAUCAAAAAGGUACAGCGAAAGGAUGCGAUCCAAUGCCAUUUAUAGGCGGUAUUGGCAUGUGUGUUCUUAUGCUGAAGUAUGCACUAAUUCUCCAAGAUCCUGCGAUGAUCAAUAUUAAUUUGUUUGGAGUUGCUACUAAUGUAGCCUACAUGCUUGUAUAUUACAUCUAUUCACCUCAUAAAGCAGAUGUAAUGAACAAGUUAGGCAAGGCAACUCUCUUUGUUGCUUUGGUUCUAGGAUAUGCUCAAAUCGAAAGUAAAGAGCAUGUCGAAUACAGGUAUGGAAUUUUGACUACGAUUUUAUUUUUGGUUCUUAUUGGAUCACCACUUUUCAAUUUGGGUGAAAUUAUUAGGACUAAAAGUACUGCAAUGCUUCCAUUUCCUCUGAUCUUUAUGGGAACAGUUGUUGCAUUCCAAUGGCUAAUUUAUGGUUUAAUUAUAAACAAUUCUUUUAUUAUUCUACAGAAUUUCGUAGGAUUGAUGUUAUCUCUAGCUCAGCUAUCUUUGUUUGCCAUUUAUCCUUCUCAAUCCAAUGAUAAAGAGCUAAAGAUAAAGUCUGAUAAAAAAGAAAAGUAAUUUAAACUUAUACAGUUUAUUUACAAAUUCUUAUUAAUAUUUUAAUGGCUCUGGUAAAGUUAAUAAUUUAACUUUACCAGAGCUGCUUAAAUUUUUUAUUAUUUUUAUCAUACAAGAAUCACAACAAAUAAAAUGAAAAUAAGUUACCCAAUGUAUUUAUAAAACAUCAUAUAUUUUUAAUAGAAAAAAAAUGUUGACGAAUAAGUAUAAUAAAUUGACACUUAUGAAAUCAUGCAAUAAAUUUUUAUCAUACAAGAAUCGCAACAAAUAAAAUGAAAAUAAGUUAUCUAAUGUAUUUAUCAAACAUCACAUAUUUUUAAUAGAAAAAAAAUGUUGACGAAUAAGUAUAAUAAAUUGACACUUAUGAAAUCAUGCAAUAAAUAAAAAAUAUAUAUAAAGUAUAAAGUUGUAUGUUUUGUAUAUAGUUGAAGUUGUUGUUAAGAUAUUAAAAUUUUGCUAAUAAAAUGAUAAAUAGAAUUUGUAUUAUUUUAAAGAUUACUUAACCUUGGCAUAUUAUGAUUUACUGCAGUAAGAAAUGCAUUGGAAAAUAAUUAAAAUAUCUACAGUAAGUUGUAAAUUUGGAAUUGACAACUAUUAUGCAAUCCUUGACACAAAUAAAAAAUUAUACUAAUUAGCUUGCAAUAGUUUGUUGUUUAAUGAACUUAUUAUAUUAUAUUAACUUAUCAUAUGAACUUAUUAUAUUUAUCAUCGUUGCCUUGGAAAAUAUUUAUAAAAUUAUAUUGUAUAUUAAAUAUUUGUAAAAU